AUGUUUGAUCACAUUAGUCAAUUGCCUGACUGCAUAUUGUUCUAUAUCCUCACAAAGUUAUCUAUGAAAGAUUUGUUGAAAACUAGAAUACUCUCAAAAAGGUGGUGUAACCUUUGGGCUCUAACAAGAGAUCUUUACUUUGAUGUCUUCAAUGUGUUUGAAAACACUGAAGAACAACUACUACAAAAAGGGUAUCUUAUUGAUAUCCCUAGUCGUUAUACUUCUAUUAUAGAGAGAACCAUCAAUUUGGAGAUUAGUUUGGAUCAAUUUGUAAGACGUGUAGAUCAAUUUCUCAUGCAUUCUCCUGCCACAUCUAUUGAUUAUUUCUUGCUCAACUUCUAUUUAAAUUCUCAACAACAAAGUACUAUUGAUGAAUGGAUAAGUUUUGUAAUCAAAAGAGGGAUUCGAAGAAUAGAUUUACUCUUUGAUGGAAGCCCUUAUAAGCUCCGCGACCGUCCGCGCAAAUAUUAUAAAUUCUCCUUCAACUUAUUUUUAGAGACUAAUGCUUCAACUCUAAAGCAUUUGUGUCUUGAAAGUUGUAUUCUUUCCAUUCCCCCUAACUGCAACUUUAUUCCAUUCAAAAAUUUGAGUUUCCUUUCACUUAAAUGUGUAAAAGUGGAUGGAGUUUUUGUUGAAAGUUUAACACAACUUGAAGAACUUCACUUGAUUAACUGUGAACUCAAAUCAUUAACACUAAAGAUAGUGACUUCUUCCUUACGUCGUCUCAAAUUUAAAUCAUGCCAUGUCCGCAAUUCCUGGAAGGAGGUAAACCUGACUUCACUAGAUUGCCUUAAACUCACUUCGUUGGACUACGAUGGACAUUGUUCGGCUUACAUGAACUUUAAUACACCCAUAUUGAAGAACAUUCAGCUCCCUGUUUAUGAUAGCGAACAACAUCUUUAUGCGUUUAGACUCUUCGUAUCUCUUCCUAAACUUGAGAUUUUGCAGUUAGAUCUUUAUUCAAUGGUACCAACUUCCCUAAAAAUAAUUCAACCACUUCAACAUCUCAAGGAGUUGGACUUGAUUCUUCUCCGGCCGUUCAACACCCCGCAGAAAUUAUUAGAGUUUGAUCUAUCACGCAUUUUAACUAUCUUACAAGCUUCUCCACUUUUGCAGAAACUUUCGGUCAUGCUCACAUAUCCUGAGAUUAUUGAAAAUCAAAAAGUUGCUAGGGAUGUUGAAGCGUUCUCUCAUGAGGAGGUCAAAGUUAUUGAAUUGAGUGGUUGUGUUGGCAAUUGGUAUGAAAUUGAGUUUGCUAUGAAUAUUAUGAAAUAUGCCAACAAACUUGAGCGAAUAGUUUUGAGUCCAUAUUGGAGAGAUAUUGUUGAAUCUUUGGAGUGGAGUUCUAAUAUUGCAUGGUUUCAAAAUGGGCGUCAAAGGAUUAGUGAAAAAUUUCAAAGUGAAGAAGUAGUUGGACGAGAAAAACUAGUGCUCAUAUAA